GCAAUAACAUGCUUUCUCUUUGUCUCAGUCAGGGUUUUAGCCAGAGCAGGAAGAGCCUCGGGUUUUAGUUUUCGAUGCAGCAUCACUGCCCAGUUCAGCUAUGACUACCAAAUCCCUUUCAAUCCCUCUGGACUUCCCAUUCCCAUCUCCAAAAGCUCACCCCCUUCCCACACUCCACCCCAAAAUCCAAUUCCCUUGUAAAUUCCCUCUCUUUUCUCUCCCACAAAGAAUCCAAUUCCUUAGGAACCAAUGCCCCCCCAAAUGCCUAAACCCCAACGACAACAAUAACCCAGUACCAUACACCAGUCAACAAGAAGCCCACUUUACUGAAACCCAAGAAGCCAUCUCUCAGUUUCUUCAAGAAUUCGAAAUCUCCGCAGCGGAAUCCAACUCCAUUGCUUUGAAUUCUCCAAAAUAUGCUAAAAUGUUGUUUGAUAGUGUCAAGGAUUUGGAAGAGUGGACUUCGUGGAAAAGUGGCGGGGAUGGAAAUGAAUUUGCAACCUUGGGUUUUAAAGAGAAGGUAGCUUACAUGGCAAAAGAGAAAGGUGAUAAUGGGAAAGUUGCUUUCUUGGAGAGUCUUGGAUUAAGCUUGUCUUCUUCCAUGAAUGUUGCUCGGUACCUCCAUGGAGAGUCACUUCCUAACCUUAUUCACAAGGUUAAGUAUAUGAAGGAAAUACUAUUUUCUGACAGUGAUGAUAAAAGGCUUGUUGGAAAAUAUGCUCGCUGUAUGAUGAUGAACUUAUCAAUACCUAUUGAUGAAGACUUGCAGCAGACCUUGUCACUUUUUGAAAAGGUUGAAGCAAGGCGUGGAGGUUUAGAUAUGUUGGGUUCUUCAGAAGUCACUUUUCGAUGUCUAGUCGAAUCAUUUCCACGUAUUCUUUUGUUGCCAUUAGAUUUGCACUUGAAGCCCAUGGUGGAAUUUCUUGAAAGUAUUGGAGUCCCAAAGGAGCAUAUGAGGGAGAUAUUCCUAUUAUUUCCACCUGUUAUAAUCUGUGACAUUACAGGCAUUAAUAGAAAAGUUCAGGCUCUCAAGAAGGUUUGGGCAUUUGAUAAAGAUUUUGGUAAAAUGCUUCUAAAAUAUCCAUGGAUUCUUUCAACAGCAAUCCAGAAAAAUUACAAGGAGAUCGUUUCUUUCUUUCAUAUGCAGAAGGUAGACAAAUCAAGUGUUGACACAGCAAUAAGAAGCUGGCCUCACAUAUUAGGUUGUUCAACUAGCAAGCUUGAGGUAAUGGUGGAACAGUUGGCUGAGUUGGGCAUUAGAAACAAGAAGUUGGGUCAGGUUAUUUCCAAGAGUCCUCAAUUACUACUAAGAAAACCCCAAGAGUUUCUCCAGGUGGUUUUGUUUUUGGAAGAUCUCGGAUUUGAUCGUGAAACUGUGGGACAGGUAGCCAGUCGCUGUCCUGAGAUUUUUGCUGCAAGCAUUGAGAAAACUCUGAAGAAGAAGAUUGAAUUCCUAGAUCGAAUUGGUGUUUCUAAAGACCAUCUUCCUCGUGUUAUUAAGAAAUACCCUGAGCUUCUUGUCUCUGAUGUCAACCGAACUAUACUUCCUCGGAUGAAAUACUUAAAGGAUGUGGGACUGUCGAAGAAGGAUAUCGCUUUCAUGGUCCGCAGGUUCUCUCCUUUACUAGGGUACAGCAUAGAUGAGGUUUUGAGACCGAAGUAUGAAUUCCUUGUGAACACCAUGAAAAAACCGGUGGAAGAUGUAGUGGGUUACCCGCGGUAUUUCAGUUACUCAUUGGAGAAGAAGAUAAUGCCCAGAUUCUGGGUGCUAAAGGGAAGGAAUAUUGAAUGUAGCUUAAAAGAUAUGCUUGCAAAAAAUGAUGAGGAAUUCGCUGCUGAUUUUAUGGGUUUUUGAGGGAUGCAUGUUGCCCCCUUCCCCUCAUCACUGAACUGUUAGGUAGUGGUGUAUCAUAAUAGUUGUUUCUCUGUAAAUAGCACACCACAGUAAAUGAAGAAAAGGUUUUAUCCCUGUUA